AUGCCUUCCUCAUCCGAGCUCGCCCUCAUCAGGAAGUGCCCUCCUACACCCUACAAGGACCUGCAAGCCCUAAUCAAGGCCAUUGCAGAUUUACAACAAAGACUGGAAACAGAAGAUGUCAGCCAAUACCUAACUUUCAAAGAUGUUUCUUUGAAAGACUUUCGAUUUAUUGAAAGUCAUCGAAAGAAACUCGGCAGCGCAGUCCGUUUCACCUACUACCCUGAAAUCAGCACCCUCGUACUCAAGGUGGUUACUAACACCACCGAAACUGUGCAUGAUAAUCUCUACUACAAUAUAUCGAGCAAGCUCGCUAACAUGGACAUCGAUAUCGAUCAGUUCGUGUCCCUCGGAGCCUCAGAAUUCGAAGGACCAUGGGGCUCGAUCAAAGAAGGGGACGGUGCCUUCAAAAACCCUGCUGUUCGAUCCGAUAAGCGGCACUGGCCUUCCUUCGUGAUUGAAUCUGCAGUGUCUGAUGAUUCUAUGCCACGUCUGCGGCAGGAUGCUGCAUGGUGGAUUGCAAACUCCGUUGGGGAGGUUAAGGUUGUCUUGAUCAUCAAUGUGUUGAUGAGAAUCAAGUGUAUCGUGCUUGAGAAAUACGGCCCCGAAGAUCAAAAGUCUCAUAACACUAGGUCUCAGUCUAAGGGAGGCCCUAAUGAUUACCGGCCUGUGCUGAAAUCCAGGACUACAGUAAAUUAUGGAACUGAAUCACCCCAUGUGGAGGGUGAUUCAGUCGAGCUAAAGUUCAAGGAUCUUAUGGGAAGAUCGAAAGGGUCAUCUGAAGAGGAUGUUGAGAUCGGUCAAGCUGAGCUGUUGGAGCUUGCUAAAUCAAUUUUUGGGAAUUGA